AUGGCGUCCGAUGGUGAAAUUUCGUGUGCGAAUGAUCCUAAUUUCGCUGUUAUUUACUCAUUUUUAAAAACAUUCGGCAAUUUGUAUGGCUUAGACAUACCUACGAUAACUAAAUUGCAAGAAUUCAUUGAGAAUACACAAGAAGUGUUGGAUCCAUUGAAGGAACUGCACUUGAGAUUAUUGCGUCGUGCUCAGAAGUCGGUGCCGAGUGACAGAUGGGAGAGAUGCAUGAUAAAGUUUUGCCAUCAACAAGGUCACCAUCAGGAGGCUUGGGAAAUAGAGAGAUUCUCGUACAAAAAAGCUAGCACACAGGUCAAAUUGAAAGUUUUGAAGGUGUUAUUAGAAUAUCAAUUCACUUGCCACACUAAAUUCAAAAAUAAUGUCAAUGCCAUCUCGUGCAGUGAUUUGAGGUUGGACCCUAUAGGCAGGGAUAAGAAUGGCUGUGUGUACUGGCUCCAAGUGGAUCAUGAAGCUAAUUUGUGUUUGUACAAAGAAGAUCAGGAUGAGGAAACAUGGCAACUUGUGGCUAGAAGCAGGGAUGAGCUGGUGAAUGUAAUAGCUAAAUUAAAAAGUGGUGAAGAGGUAUGUCCUCUUAUAGCCACUGUCAACGAAGACUCCAGCAGUGCUGAAGCUUCACAAGCGUUAGUACCUCAAGAACCUAGCAAGUCAUCAGAAGUUGAAGAAGAGGAAAAUGAAGAAGAGUUCCUAAGCCCUGAAUCUGAAUCAGAUCAUGAAGUAGAUGAACAAAAAGAAGAAGGCAAAGAAUCACUGUUAGACCCACUUUCAGAUCCAGUUGCAGACUCAGAGACUAAAAACCCCAUAGAAGUUGAAGUUCCAGAAAAUAAGGAAAGUGAAACUUCAGAUGUUCCUGAUGCCACUGAAACAAAAUCUUCCUCUGAAACAAAAUCUUCCCCUGAAACUGUUCAAUCAGAAAAUUGUUGCACUAUAGAAGUGCCUGAAACAUUAGAUACAAUAAAGCGAUCUGUAACACCUGAAAAACAGAUAGCUUCAAGUAGAGAAGAGACUCCUGAUAAAACUAUAGAAACGGACAAUGUAGAUGAGAAUAGCAAAGAACUAACAGAAGAUGGUGAAGUAGGUGAAGCAAUAGAAGAACCAGUAAUGCUUGUCACUGGUGAAGGAGAUGGGGCUGACUGUGAAAGUUCAUGGUCUGAUUUUCAUACGUCAUAUAUUAUUGGUGACGAAAUAUCAGAACCAGUCAUGUAUUUUUAUGGCGAAGGUUACGGGUAUGAUAAUGAAACUGGCAAUCCAGAGACGAUCGAAAGAGAAAAGAGUCCAGAAGAAAAUUCGGCAGCAGAAAAUGGUAAUGACGAAUGUCAUAAUAAUGGUGAACAUUUUAAUGAACUGUCAAAUUCAAGCAAUAAAAGUAAAGUAGAGAAAAAUAUUAAGUUAAGGAGUAUAUCAUCAGUCACAAAAAGGUCUUUGAGGAAACAAAAUGAUACCACAGAAGUAUUAAACCAAGAUUCUAAGAAGCACUGUGUUCGUGAUAUAGAACAGUCUGAUGGGUCAAAUUCUACUAAGAAAGUAGAAAAUGACUUAAACAGAGAGCCUAGUGUUAAUAACAAGAGUGUGACAGAUAGUGAAAAUCCUAAGAAAAACAAUAUAAAAAAAAGCAGAAGUAAAGUUAAAAAGAAAUCUAACGCAGCAAGAAAACUUAAGAUAAAAAAUGCAGAAGUUGUUAACUCAGAGACUGAUAAUUAUCAUGAUAGUAAAACAAGUAUUAUAGAAAAAAGAAAAAGUAGUGUAUCUUCUGUAGAUCAAGAGGAUACAGUUCACACAGAUAAUGAGAAAGAGAAAAGUCCAGAAAAAGAUGUGAAAAUAGAAGAUCCUUUACCUCCUAAAAAGCUACGACUAGAAACUACACCAGAGAGUGAUGUAAGCACACAUUCCAAGGAAAUAGGAGAUAAUGUAGAUAACAUUGAAACCAAGAAAGACAUUGUAAAUAAUAUAGAAACGCCUAUAACGCAACGUAAGAAAAUAAAAGUUAAAAAAGGUAAAUUUAGAAGAAAAAACAUAGUAAAAGAAAAUGACGGGAAUGUAGCUAAGAAUAGUGACAAAGAUACUGCUAAUGACAAUGGUAAGAAAGAAUGUAAAUCUUUAAAGCGUUCGUUAUUAGAUACCACAGUCAGUGGUAAUAACAAAUCCGAAUCUCAGAGCGAAAGUGAAGACGAUGAACCUAUCUCUAGUGGCAAACGACUUAAAAUUAAACCUAAGAAAAUUAUAACGUCCACAAGAAAAAAGGUAGAGGCAAAGUUACGGGAAAAACUUUCAAGUGAUGAAUCUGAGGAAGAGACUCUCUAUAGUAUAGCUGGUAAGAAAAAUACCAAGAAACCGGUAAAAAAGAAAACCAAAGUUAAGGUUAAAGAAAAGAACGAAAUAAAAGAUGAAAGGAAAUUAAAAUCUGGCCGUGGGUCGGAGGAUUCUGACUUAGCCCCCGUUAGACAAUCCCGCCGAAUAGCCCAGAUGAAGAUAAAGGAGGAGGCUGACAGGAGACACUUGGAAGAAGUAGCGUUGAGAGAAAUGAAGAAGAUACAUAAGAAAAAGAAUAAAGACGACGACGAAGAAGAGGAAUGGGUGGCUUCGGGUGCAAGCAGCUGUGACAGGACCAGGCGGCGACGUCACACCCCAGCUUGGCGAUCUGAUUCCACCGGACCCGAACCUGAUUCCGAUUCUGACGAACCACUGUUUGAACUGCAUGAAGAACCCGAACCGGACUUUAAUAAAUCGGAUCACGAGUUUUCGCCCGAAUCUGACUUGGAAACCGGAGAGCCCGUUGAACCGUUAAAGAGAGCACGUACAUUACAAGAAGAGAAAGACGACGGGUACUGCAAGCGGUGCAACAGCGCAGAGCAGCCCGAGUGGAUCCUGCUGUGUGACAAGUGCGACGCCGGCUACCACGCCAGCUGCCUCAAGCCCGUGCUGUUUGUGGUGCCCGAGGGGCUGUGGUUCUGUCCGCCCUGCAACCACGAGAUGUUAAUAUCAUCGCUUGAGGAAGAACUGGUGAAGUUAGAUGAGCUAGUCAUAAUGGUUGAAGCUGAAAAAGAACGGAAAAAACAAGAAGAACCGGUGAAGAAAGAAGAGUCAGAAGAAGAGAAAGAGAGAUUAAAGGAGGAUAAGUCAAGUGAAGCGAGCGCGAGCAGCUCGUGGUCGUCGUCGGAGGAGGAGGGCGCCGUGUACCGCCUGCGCACGCGCCGCCAGCUGCCCGUCAGCUACCGCGCGCAGGAGUACGACCGCCUCAUCAGCUCCGCCAUCAAGGAGGAGUAUGUAGAGGCAACGACGAGUGCGGGUAACCAGGGCCGCGGCAAAGAUAUCUCCACUAUCAUCGAAGCCGCCGAGGAGGAGAAGAUGAAAGCUGAACGGGAGGCCAUGGAACAGGGUAAACCGAUAGAAAAGAAAAUGAAAAAGAAGCAACGUCGCAAGCCACGCAAGUUGAACUCGCUCGAAGUGCCCUCAGAGGAUGAUGAUGAGACCGAUGAGGACUUCAAAGAUACCGGUAUGGAAUCGUCAUCAGAAGAGAUAUCAUCGUCUGCAGAGCGCGACAGUUCCGGCGACUCUCGCUCGUCGGACUCUAUACCGCUGCGCCGGGCGUGUCGAUCUGAUCAUAGAAAAGAACGUCCGAAGCUGGCUGAAUCUUCACCAGAAGUUAAGAAGAAGAGAGGGUUAUUUGAAGAAAGCUCGAGUGAGUCCGCCGGCGCCAAGGAGUGGUCAUCGUCGUCUAAGCCCAAGUCAAAAUCAAAAUUGAAGCUCGGGAAGUCGAAGCGUCGCGAUAAAUCGAAGAAGCACCGCAAGCACCGCAGCCUGACGCAGUACGACGCGGACGGGAACGUCGUGCGCGCGCGCGUCACGUACGGCGGCCUCAGCGACGACGGGCUCAACGACUGGUCGCCCAAGCACCGCACCAGGCAGAAGAAGAUCAACUACACCGAGAUGCCCAACACCGAGUCCGAGGACGAAAUGCAUAAAUCCAGUGGUAAGCAUAUGCCUGACAGCUCAGACGAAUAUAAGAUCGACGAUUCAGAUGUGACAUCCGAUUCGGACGCCGAGCGCAAUAAACGCAAGAAGAUCGAAGAAGAAGAACAGACCUCAGAAGAAAAAAGAAAAGCUCUCAGCGAUUUGAUAAAAAAGACAGCCGUCGUUCCGCUGGAGAAGUUACCAGAGGACGUGACAAAGGCUAAAACAGAAGAAUUACAAGCACACCUAAAUGAAUUGGCAGCUCAGAAUCAAGAGGCGGAGGCGCCGGCGGAGGGCGGGGCGGAGGGGGCGGGGCGCGCGGGGGCGGGGCCGGCGCGCCCGGGGCGUGGGCGGGGCAGUCGCGGGGGGCGCGGGGCCAGAGGUCCUCGCGGUGCUCGCAGCGGGCGAGGAGGGGGGAUCGGCGGGGGCUUCGGGGUCGUCGCGGAAGCCCCCGCCAGUGACGACGCGCUCGCUAAACUCAUCGGGGUAAAGAUUAAGGAUCUCAGAACUGACGGCUCACCUAUGAAACCUAAUCAAGCUGAAAGAGAGAGAAAACGACAAGAACGCGAAGCAAAACAAGCUGAACGUGAGGCGAAACGCGUCGAACGUAUACAGAAGAAAGAAGAGAAAGAGAAAAUGAAAGAACUAAAAGCGAAAGAGCGAGAGGAAAAGCGUCUUGCACGCAUCGCUUUGCAAGAGAGCAAACGAGUAAAAAGAGAGAAAAUGGAGUAUGUCGGACCUGCCCCAGUUCCUUUCUCACACGGCCCUCCUGGCCCUGGCCCGAGACCUCAUCUUCAACCUUUCGGCCCCCAGCAUGGUCCUCCCGGACCGCACGGACCUCCAGGCCCUCCCGGUGGGCCUCCUUUAAAUCCAGGAGAGAUGAGAGAGAGGCCAUCUGUGCCACGUUUGCAAGUGCGCAUGGAGUUACGCGGUGUUCUACAGCCGAGAGCUGACCAUCCUCAGAAUGCUUUAAGAGAAGGUACGCUGUCGGUGGCCGGCUCCCCGCAACCUUUCAAACCGAUCUCAGAAGAACCAAGCAUCAUCACAAGAAUGCCACACAUGAUCAACCAACAAUACAGGGGUCCAAUGAUGUAUCCAGGCGGCGGUUCUCCCUAUGGCCCGCGACCUCCACAAAAUAUGUCAAUGUAUUCUCUGCAUGGGCCUCUAGGGGGGUCACGACAGUAUCCACCACAAUACUACCAACAUAUGCGAGGAAUAUCAUCACAUCCUGCUUAUCCAAGAGGUCCGUACUCUGGACCGAGCUCACCGGCAACGAACAAUGCACCUCAUACCAUGACACGACCACAUGGACCUAUGCCUGGUCAUGGGCCGCCUCAUGGUCCUUUACCGCCAGGCCAUGGACCACCGGGACACGGUCUACCGUCAGGACAUGGUCCAUCUCCUCCAGGGCACGGUCCGCCUCCGGGUCAUGGGCCUUCACCUCCUGGUCAUGGUCCGCCACCAGGCCACGGACCGUCGCCUACAGGACACGGUCAUAUUAAUUUGCAUCGGCCUCACGCGCCUGGCCCUCCCUCUAUGCCACCGACGACGAGUCCGCAUGGACCACCUAACUCUCUCGGCGGUCCCGUGGGGCCCGGCCAGUUAGCGAUGCUUCGAGGCCCACCUCCGGGUCUCGGCGGCCCCUCGGGGCUUCCGAGCCGUGUUCCGCCGGUUGCAUCACCUUCUGGUCCCCCCCGAUCGACUCCGCCGAUAGAUCAGGAACCGCUGGUGCGGAUAAAAGCCGAAGUUAAAACGGAACCGGAGGCCUAUCGAUCCCCGACCGGUUCACCUACGCGGGAAGCUUCACCGGUACCUGCUCCAAGAGACGAACCUCCACGACACCCAAAGAUGAAAGUCACAGAGAACAAAGACAGGAGGCCGCGGUACCCGCUGGGGCCGUACGCACCGCAGUACGGGCCGUACGGCCCCUACGCGCCUGCCCCCAACCCCGCCGAGCGCGGCGUCCUCCCGCCUCGCGGACCUCCACCCUUACAUCAUCCGUACGCCGGCGAGAUUCGACCGCGGAGUCCCGCCCCCGAGCGACACCAUCCCCUGGAGCUAUCCCACGGGCCGCCUGGUCCACAUGCAUCCUCUGGACCGCCCGGUCCACAUGCACCUUCAGGACCGCCCGGACCACAUGCACCUUCAGGACCGCCCGGACCACACGCACCUUCAGGACCGCCCGGACCACACGCACCUUCAGGACCGCCCGGACCACACGCACCUUCAGGACCGCCCGGUCCACAAGCACCUUCGGGACCUCCCGAUUCACACACACCUUCAGGACCACCUGGGCCACAUACACCUUCCGGACCGCCCGGUCCACUCAUGCCUCCCGGUCUACACGCGCCACCUGUGCCACCCGGGCCGCAUGCGUCUCCCAGGCCACCUGGAUCAAAUGUGCCUCCAGGGCCUCACGCGUUUACCGGACCUUCCGGACCUCACGCGCCUCCCGGUCCGUACCUCCCGGCGCACCUGCGGCCUCUAAUGAGGCCGCCCUUCGGGCCGCCACCGGAGCGUUUGAGCCCCGCGGCUGGAUCGUUCGGGCCUCAGUACCCCGACCCCACGCGGGCGUCUUCUGUUGAGCGAGGCGGAUCCCCUGCAAGACUGGAGGCCCUGGCUCCCGUGAAAGUUGGCUCGCCGAUAGCCAGGCCGCCUGAGGCGACUCCUCCUCGGGUGGCCCCCCCCGACGGGGAGGCGGUACCAGUUCCGCUGAUGCGCCCUCCCGGCCGAGAGGAAGGUAGCGUCUUUGGCGGUCUGGUCUCGUAUUUUUCGAGUCAGCACGAGGACGAUAUUGACGCGUAG